CAUGAUUCGACGAUUUGAACAGUCGUAUCAAUGCCGCCGAUGGGAGAUCCAGUCGUUGCAAAUGCUGCUGCUGCCGAAGGAGGUGCGGAAGGAGGUGCAGCGGUGGAGCGGCGUACGCCAAAGAUCACCCUGAUGCGGGUGGAAAUGACGACGGCCAUGAAGGACGAUGCGAUCAAUCAUUUGGGUGAAUCGUUGGCCGCCAACGUGAUUGAAAAGGACAUUGCAACGGACAUGAAGAAGUUCUUUGACCAGAAGUACGGCCCUACGUGGCACUGCAUCGUUGGAAAGGCGUUUGGAUGCUCAGUGGCGUACGACACGCAGUUUUUGCUCUUCUUUCGGUUGGACCAGCUGUACAUGCUGCUCUUCAAGUCUACAGAGUAGACCCGCGACUGUAGUCGAGUGGAAAUUAAGUGUGUAAAAAUCAAGGAAUUUGGAGUAACCAA